CUUUUGGCUGCAACACUUUUAGUUUCGUUUCCUGAUCUCACAGCUGGAUCAUGGCGGCUGCUUUAUCUCUGGGAAACCUAGAGGCAGAGUUAACUUGCGCUGUUUGCCUCGGCAUUUACACGGACCCUGUGGUGCUGGAGUGCAAACACAGCUUCUGUCGAGCCUGUAUCGAGGAGUUCUGGAGUGGGGCUGCCCCAGGCACUUACUCCUGCCCGGAGUGCAGAGCAGAGACCAGCGAGAGGCCUGGUCUGGAGAAGAAUUUCAAGCUGGCGAGUAUAGUGCAGAAAUACCUGGCUCUGCAGAGCUCUCAGGAUGCUGUUCUCUGUAACUACUGCACCGAAUCUCCGCUCCCGGCCAUCAAAACCUGCCUGAAGUGUGAAGCCUCCCUGUGUCCCAUUCACCUCAAGCACCACAGGGAGAACUCUGUGUUCAAAAGCCACAGCCUCACACAGGUCACCAGUGACCUGUCCCUGUGGAAGUGCCCAGAGCACCAGGAGCCACUUAAGAUUUACUGUAAAGAUGAUAAAGUCUGUAUCUGUAGUCUCUGUGCCUUAAUAGGGAAGCACAAGAACCACAACUGUAGCAGCAUCAGCGAGGGAGAGAAGGAACUGAGGGAUCAUUUACAAAGUCAGCUGAAGAGUAUUGGGAGCAAUACUGAGGAUGUUCAAGCAGCUCUGAACCUUCUUCAGAAAGAGAAACAGAACACACAGAAUGAGUUCCAGGAGACCAAACACAAAGUGAAAGAGAAAUACAAGUUACUGAAGAAAGGCGUUGAAGAAGAGGAGAGGGACGUUCUCGAGCGUCUGGAGGAUGCAGAGAAACGUGUAACUACAGAGACCAACACAAAGAUCUUACAGCUGGAGAAUCAACUGAAGGAAAUUGAAACUUCUUCGGCUGCUUUGACCAGUGUUUUGAAGCAGAAUGAAGAGCUUGUGUUUAUACAGGAGUUUAAUUCCAUGCCAGACAGAAUGAAGGACUUGUCUCAACUAUUCAUUCCACUGGAAAACAUGUCUGAUGUGGAUAAAGCAAUUCAGCAAAACCUGAAAGUCUGGGUUCAGAAGCUGGAUUCUGUGCCUUCCAAAACGUACAGAAAUUUUCUGAGCGAUGCAAGCCACCGAAGUUUUCUGGUCAUCAUGUAUGGACAGACUCCGGGUUCAAACAUAAGAUCCUCCUUCCCCAACCAGACUCCUUGCAACUAUCGUGGAACAAGACAGCAAUAUGGACAGAACCCUUACGGACUGCAGAGUAUGGGUUGGCAGCAAUAUAUGUGCUGUCAAGGAGUGAGCUGCGGCCGCUCCUACUGGGAAGUGCAGAUUGAUAUAACGCCUAGGGGAAACGUUGGGUACAGGGCUGAUGUACUCACACAAUGGGGGGUUGGAGUCUGUUUCCAGACUCCAGGUGCCAGAUGUACUGAGUGGUCAAUUACAGGUUACGGGCCAGUGGAAGAUAAGAGGUCGUGGAUUUUGCACUUUUCAUCCGGGUCACUCACAGCUCAGCACAAUGGUGAAAAACCUAAUCUAAUGGUUGCAAUCCCCUCCAAAGUGGGGGUGUUUGUGGAUUUUGAGGCUGGAAUCAUCUCAUUCUACAGUGUGUCAGGCAACAACCUGACCCUGUUACACACCUUCCAAGAGCAGAGAUUCCUUGAGCCCCUCUACCCGGCUCUGUGGGUUUAUGAUUGUGACGUGACUCUGACUUAUUGUUAUCUGAUGCAGUGAUUACACAUCCUCGCAGGUUCCCACUCACAAAUUUUCUGUGCUUUUCUCUUUCCCUUUUGUCCCCGACUUGAUCUCUCUCGGGUGUCUCUCACUCAUGAACAGCUUGUGAGGCCUGGAUACACCGAUCACACAACGUGUAUCCAAACCAAACUUGAGAAUUCCAUUUGUCCCACCUAAACGUGGAAAUUCCAGAGAUAGAUUAUUGCAAUGGAAUACGUGCUCUCUCCCUAGAGGGAUGCACCCUGUUUACCGAAUCCCAGAGAGUGUUAAGUAGGCAGUUUGUUAAGAACCAAGGUGUUUGAGGACUGUGGACCUACUUGGCCUCAGGAACUGGGUUACCUAGACCUCCACAGAGGAUUGAUUUGAUUCCGACAUUCUGUUUCCAAGCACCACACCUUGGAGUCAGCCCAGCUCUCAUCUCCAGAGGAUAGUAUAUUUCUGCAAUACUUUAUUUGUUUCUGAUAUUUUUGUAUCUUUCAUUGUGAAUCCUUUGUAAUUUCAGCAUUUUCUUGAAUGUAAUGAAGCAAUUGUCUUGCUUUUGUUUCUCUUUCAGCUUAAAAUACAAAUUCACGUGUUUAUAUCCAAA